AUGGAGAGCUGUGCCGUCGCUCUGCCCGCGGCUGUUCGUGAACGCUGCCAGGUGACUUUUAGGCCCUUGGAAACAGGGCUCUGUGUAAUAAACCGCGAAUUUUAUCCGCGACUUGUGGGGGAAAAAGAUCUUGCAGACGCUCUAGAAGAAGGAGGCUGUGAUCUUGAAACUGUGAGAAACAUCAUUCAAGGAAGGCAAUUGCCUGCUGAUCUGAGGGCCAAAGUCUGGAAGAUUGCACUUAAUGUUGUAGGAAAGGGGGACAGCCUCGCAUCCUGGGAUGGCUCUCUAGACCUACCAGAACAGAGUAUAAUUCGUAAGGAUUGCCAAGAGCUAAUUGACCAGUUGUCCGUGCCAGAAGAGGAGAAGUCAGUAUUACUUCUGGAUAUUGAGUCUGUUAUUACUUUUUAUUGUAAGUCACGCAAUGUUAAAUACAGUUCUUGCCUUGGCUGGAUACAUCUACUCAAACCUCUGGUGCACCUUCGUUUGCCACGCAGUGAUUUGUACAACUGCUUUUAUGCUAUCAUGAAUAAGUUCAUUCCAAGGGAUUGUUUUAUGAAAGGAAGACCAUUUCAUCUGUUUAGACUACUUCUUCAGUACCAUGAGCCUGAACUCUGCUCCUUUCUUGAUACAAAGAAGAUGACUCCAGACUCAUAUGCACUCAACUGGCUUGGAAGCCUCUUCUCAUAUUACUGUUCAGCUGAAGUCACUCAGGCAAUAUGGGAUGGAUAUCUACAACAAGCAGAUCCAUUCUUUAUUUAUUUCUUAAUGUUAAUCAUCCUUGUCAAUGCAAAAGACGUUAUCUUAGCACAAGAAUCAGAUAAAGAAGAAAUGAUAAAAUUCUUAGAAACUUCACCAGCCAAUCUCGAUUUAGAGGAUAUAGAGGAUCUCUUCUCUUUGGGACAGUAUUACUGUAGCAAAACUCCAGCUUCUUUCAGAAAGGACAACCACAGUCUUUUUGGCAGCAGCUUGCUGGGCCUCAAAGAUGAUGACACAGACUUGAGCCAGGCUCUCUGUCUAGCAGUAUCUGUGUCUGAGAUUCUUCAAGCAAAUCAGCAACAAGGAGAAGGAGUAAGGUUCUUCGUAGUGGAUUGUCGUCCUGCGGAGCAAUACAAUGCUGGACAUUUAUCAACAGCAUUUCAUUUAGACUCUGAUCUGAUGCUUCAAAACCCAUCAGAAUUUGCACAGUCUGUAAAAUCCCUAUUAGAAGCACAAAAACAGUCUAUUGAGUCUGGCUCCAUAGCUGGUGGGGAACAUCUCUGCUUCAUGGGAAGUGGCAGGGAAGAAGAAGAUAUGUAUAUGAAUAUGGUACUAGCACACUUCUUACAGAAAAAUAAGGAGUAUGUGAGCAUUGCCAAAGGAGGAUUUAUGGCCCUCCAGCAGCACUUAGCAGAUAUCAAUGUGGAAGGACCAGAAAAUGGAUAUGGCCACUGGAUUGCUAGUACCUCAGGCUCAAGAAGUAGCAUAAACUCCUCUGUUGAUGGUGAUUCUCCGAAUGGUUCGAGUGAUGGAAAAGGAGUAAAGUCCCUGGUGAAUAAAAUGACGGUUGCUUUGAAGACUAAAUCUGUGAAUGUGAAAGAAAAAGUGAUUAGUUUCAUUGAAAAUACAUCUACUCCAGUGGACAGACAUGUCAGCAGCAGUGACAGAGUAGGAAAACCCUACCGUGGUGUGAAACCAGUGUUCAGCAUCGGAGAUGAAGAAGAAUACGAUACUGAUGAAAUUGAUAGCUCCUCAAUGUCAGAUGAUGAUCGAAAAGAGGUUGUCAACAUCCAAACAUGGAUAAAUAAACCUGAUGUGAAGUAUAACUUCCCCUGUAAUGAAAUGAAAGAAAGUGGACAUAUGUUUCCCAGUCAUCUCCUAGUAACAGCAACUCAUAUGUACUGUUUGAGAGAGAUUCCAUCACGAAAGGGACUGGCUUACAUACAGUCUCGACAAGCACUCAACUCAGUAGUCAAAAUCACAUCCAAGAAGAAACACCCGGAACUGAUCACCUUUAAGUAUGGAAAUAGCAAUACUUCAGGCAUAGAAGUUUUGGCAGUUGAAAGGUAUUUGAUUCCAAAUGCAGGUGAUGCUACCAAAGCCAUAAAACAACAGAUCAUGAAAGUAUUGGAUGCCUUGGAGAGUUAAUAACUAAAGACUUUGAAGAGAAAAAUUUAUAAAGAAGAAGCAACCAAGAUACUGUAUAUGGACACAAAGCUGACUGUUUCCCAACUGAAUACUAACUUAAGAGAAUUUUUCUGUUUGCUGAUGGGAGUGCCUGACUAGCAGGCUUGUGAUAGGGUAAAUUAUUAUCGAUUUCUGAGCAGGUUUUUAAAUUUUUUUUAAUUAUGGGGGUUUUUUGUUUUGAAGAAAUGUUUAUUAUAAAGGUCAGUUUGUUU